AUGGAUGACAAACUGAUGUUGGAUGAUUUGUCAAGCAAUCUAAGGGAUCGAGUGUUUUUCGCAGCUAGAGAUGGAAUGGCAUUAACUUUAUAUGCUUUGCUGUAUGAGAAGAAUACAGAUGAAAUAGACGAUCUUUUGAACAACGAUGUAUGCUGUGAUGGAGUCAAAUGUACUCCUCUUAUUGCUGCUGCAAGACAUGGUCGGGAGGCAGCUGUCCGUAUACUUUUAGAGAAAUUCCGUCCACCUGUUAGACUAGAAACAGAAGGGACUGUAAAAUUUGAUGAAUAUGUCAUUGAAGAAACCAUCAGGGAUUUUUUGUACUUGACAGGUGCAACUGCAUUGUGGUGUGCAGCCGGUGCAGGCCACUUAGGUAUUGUUAAACGACUUGUGCGCGCUGGAGCCAAUGUGAAUCAUGCCACUAAGACGCUUAGCACCCCACUAAGGGCAGCGUGCUUUGAUGGUCGCCUGGAUAUAGUCAAAUAUCUGGUUAGGCAUGGGGCCGACAUUCACAAAGCAAAUAAAUAUAAUAAUACCUGUUUGAUGAUAGCCGCAUAUAAGGGCCAUUUGGAUGUGGUUCAAUUUUUAUUAGACAGCGGCGCGAGGGUAGACGAACGGGCACUAUGCGGUGCGACAGCUUUACAUUUUGCUGCAGAAUGCGGACAUGCCGCUGUUGUAUGCGCGCUCAUCGACCACAAUGCAAAAAUACUUACGAAUGAGAAUGGUAUGACACCACUGCAAUGUGCGGCGGAACGCGCCCGCGCAUCAGUAGUAGAGAUAUUAGCGGCGCGGUCGGAAGUGACUCGUGCGCAGGCGAUAGAAUCGUUCGAGUUGCUGGGCGCUUCCUUCGCUAAUGAUAAGGAGUAUUAUUGCUUACGGAUGGCGUAUCAAUAUUUACACAGAGCAAUGACGAUGAGGUAUGACACUCGAUAUGGACAGUUGCUCAAGAAACCGGCCGAACCUAUACCAGCUUAUGACAAUUGGAGAGAGAGUACCACAUUAGAGGAGGUGGAACGGUUACACGGUAACCCACAUGCACUUCACAUGGAAGGUCUAACCGUGCGCGAACGCAUUCUGGGCAGACGUUGCCCGGACCUUCCUCAUCCAGUCGUCUUUCGUGGCGCCGUUUUCGCUGACGAAGCUCGUUUCGACCGCUGUCUGGCGCUUUGGAGGCACGCGUUGAUGUUGAGGCAUCUUAACGCUGUGUCUGUGGUGAAGGAUCUGCUGCGGUUCGCUCAAGUCUUUUCACAAAUGAUACAUAUCGGUAUCGAAUUACCACUCGAUCAGGUAUGUUUCGUAUUGGAGGCAUGCGCUGAAGAACUGAGGAGGGGGACAAAAAGGCUGGAGAAACCGCAAGGCAACCACGACCCAGAGGCGUUGAUAGAAGAGUAUGAAAGCAAUGUGCGGACGGCACUUUAUCUAGUCGCCGUUGCAGCGAGAUUGUUGGAGAAUCCCAACAAUGAUGAGGAGACAUCGAGAGCAAUCAGGCGUGCGGUUUUCAAUUUGCGUGAAGCCCGUCUGAGGACUGGCGGGACGCUCUUGCACCUGGCCGUGGACAGGCGGACUCCAGUUGACGACUUCCAUACUAGUGAUGUGUGCCAAUUCCCUUGUACGAGAACAACUAGACUGUUGCUAGACUGUGGUGUUGAUGUGGACGCUGCUGAUGAUUCGAGGAGAACAGCGCUACAUGUCGCCUUAUUGUCGUAUCAGUUUAUGCCCGUUCUCUGUUUAGAUGAGCGCGAAGCGUGGAGUGAAGCGCUCUGCGCGUGCGUCUGUGAGUUGCUUGUGAGGGGGGCGCACGUGGAUGCCAUGGACAUAGAUGGUAUCACCCCCCUCGUCGCCGCUAUUGGAGGCCCAGCGGAGAGCCUCGUACGUUCAGCGCUGAACCCGCGUCUUAGUUGUCUUGCAGCAUCAGCUCUAGCCAUCCACGGAGCCAAGUACCGUCCGGAACAAGUGCCAAGGGACCUACACGAGUUCCUUAUCAUGCACGGUGUAUAUCCGCACUAA